AUGGUGACUUCUGGUGACCCGCAGGCGCGGGGGUGCCGGGGUGAAGGGGAGAGGGGCCUGGUCGGCGGGAGGGAAGUGCGUGCAGGUGUGCGUGCAGGCCGUGGAGGAAAGGGAAGUGGGAACCAGAAGGAGGGCGGCGAGCGAGGGGCGGCUGCGCCCCGGGGCCGCUGGGUCGGCGCCUGCCCUCCCGGGAGCCUCGCCGCGCCCACGCCGCGGUGCCUCCCCCCGGGCCCGGGCCGCGCGGGCUCCCGGGGGCAGCUCGGGGGCGCAGCGCGGGCCGGCGGGGUCGGCGGGGUCGGGCCCGCGCCCCGGGCUCGCCGCGUGGGGCCCAGAGCUGCCCGCCGAGCGCAGGCGCAAGCCCGGCGCGCCGAGAGGCCCGGAACCCGGGAGCCCGCGCCGCGGGAAAGGUGUCCCCCGGGGCCUGGCCGGGCCUCGAGGUCACCUCGGGGCUGGCUCCGGGGCCCGGCGGCGCCCCCCCCCCGCCCCGGCCCGGCCCGGGGGCCCGGCGCUGCGCGGACGCGCCCUCCCCGCCUGCGGCCGCCGCUCCUGGCCCGGCGUCUCCCACCUGGACACUUGCCUGGCGACCGACGGCCGCCGCCGUCCUCCGCGCCGCGUAGGGGCGCGCGCGGGGGGGGGGGCUGUGCUACUCGAUACGUCCCAACUUCCCCGAGACCGCGGCAGCAUCUGGAGCGAGAGCGCCGGCCGCCCGCGAGGCGGGCCCUGGGGACCGGCGGGCACAUUCCUGCGCGCACGGCCGCCCCGCCGCAGCCGCCGGCGGCUCGGGGCCCGGACGGGGCAGGCGCGCGACGGGUGGCGGGGCCGCGACCGGGGCACGCGGCCGGGGCCCGGGGCGCGCAGGCCGGGCCGGGCCGGGCUGGGCCGGGCUGGGCCGGGGACGCCCGCGGGGACCUGCCCGCGAACCCGGGGCCCUCCUGCCCGCGCCUCUCCCCGGAACCGCAGGCGGGGUGCGCCUCACUCCUUCCUCCAGACGCCUGCCCGUCGCGGGGGCUGCGCCCAGGGGGCCUCAGAGGACCUAGGACUUCCCCGUCCGCUCGGGGGCCCGACCUCGCGGCCCCGGCGGCGGGCGCUCCCACGGCGCGGCGCCCCGCGGCUCCCGGACUCGCCCUCGCGCUCACUCCUGCUCAAACUUUUCACUCCGCCUGUUGGGAUGGAGGGGAGGGGGGACUAGGGAAGCCGGGGAGGAAUUCCUCGAAAGGGACCCAAGUGGUGCCUAAUAUUCAGAAGGAGGUGCCGCCAAGAGGAACCGCCUGGCUCAAGGUUGGGGCGAAACCUUUUUUGGGGGGUGGGGGUGGGGGCGGGGGGGCGCUUGGAGACGUCCAGCAGGUACGCGGGCUUGAGAAGUUUGUUCGGCUGGGAAAUGGGCUUCGCCAUACGAACAAUCCGGGGCGACGGCCCCGAGGAGGCUCCCUCUGCGGCGCGGGAGGAGGAGACGGAGGCCGGGGGGCUGUGGCCGCGGCUGCCGCCCCCGCCCCCGCCCCCGCCCCCGGAGGAGAGGGGCGCGGAACGGUACGGGGGCAGGAGCCGCGGGGCUCCAACGCCCGAGGAGCCGCGCCGAGGACCGGCGCGCGGGCCCCGGGGGACGCGCAGCAGCGGGGAAGCGGCGGGGCCUCCCCCGCGGGGGCCGAGCGGGCGCGGGGCCCGAGGCGCCCAGGCGGGGUCCGCGCCCCCCGCGCCCCCGGCCCCCGGCGCCCCCGCGGCGUCCGUCUGCAGGCGGCGGCGCGGGGAAGGGGGCCGCUGGGGCCCGGGGCGCCGCCCGCGGGGAGCCGGGGGGGCCCCCACUGCCCUGCAGCCCGCGGCUCCGGACUCCUCGAGCGCACGGCCCCGCCGCCGAGCCGGGUGGCGCGCGGGAGAGCCCGGGAACCGGUUCCCCGGCCCCGCGUCUCCUCUCCGCCACUCCCUCGCGGGCGCCGACAGGGCGAGCGAAGGGCGGGGACCCCCCCCCCCGGGCCGGCCUCGGGUCCCGCGUCCCCCCUCCGCCGACGGGCCCUGGCGCUGCGGCCGCUGUCCUCGCCUCGCUCUGCGCCGCGUUUGUCAGCCCAGCCCCGGAGUUAG